AGCACGUUUAAAUAAGAUAAUUAUUAUUUCUUGUUAGUAUUCGUCGCUCGUACGUUAUGAGUAUUGAUUUUUUUUUUUAUUAGUCUACUACGAUUGUCACUUUACUUGUAUUUCAACCGCCGCGCGGCAACCGAUGUCUGUUGCUAAACGUCAUAACAUUUCUCGUCAGCGAAUAUUUACUCUGAACCAGUCGGCGGAUCAUAUUUCAUUUUCGACUGCAGUUUUGAACUACUGUAGGUGAGUAUUAGACAAAUGCGACAAGCAUUUUAAACAGCCUGGUUAACGGUCGGGCCCCGUUUAUUGAUCAGCUCCCGUUUGACGAACGACGGUAAUUUCUUGAUGAUUUUUCGCAGGACACUAGGGCUGAUUAAUAAUGUCGCUGAACGUGUUGGACUCGUACAAGUGUAUGUUGGAAACCGUAAACGACUGUAACAACAUCAAGUAUAUGCCAUACCGCAUUGCUAUGAAGCUGAUCGUCUUACAAAAAUUCACCAACAGUAAUUAUUUUAAUUUUACCAGAACAUUUUAAUCGGGUAUUGUAGAUGGAAUCUCACUGUCCAGUAGUACUUAUUACUACGCUUAAGAAAUUUAAAACCUUUUUAUAAUCAGAAUGUUAUAGGUAUUAUCUUAGGGUGACCGUAUUUAAAAAAAUAAAAAUAAAAAACCGACAAAAUAAUUUCAGUACCUUAUACAUUCGAAGUAAUAUUUAUUAAUAAUUUACUAUAGCUUAUUUUAUUUCUUUUUUUUUUUUUUGUUAAUUUCUCAUAAUUAUGCUUGUAUUAUUAAUUAUUUCAAAUACAUCCAUAAAUUAUUUUAAGUGUUUUAUCACCAGUAUUGAUUUUUGUGGUUAUUAUUUUUCAUAAAUACAAUCGCAAUCACUGUCAUAAUCCAUAAAAAAUAUUUUUAACAACAAAUUAGUUUUAUUUUUAAAUAAAAUAAAAUUUUAAUCAGUAUGUUAAAAUUAUAAAAUAUUUAUAUCUAAUUAAAUAAAACAAGAACUAAUAUGGAAUAAUAGGCAUCGACAUAAAAAAACAACAAAAAGUGUCCUGAAAAAAGUUCGUCAGGACAACAGGACAUAAAGCUGGAAAAAAAGGAUAAUUCUGCAUAAAACAGUUUGUAUGGUGGUCACUCUAUAUUAUCUACCCAGUUUAGAUUCUCACAAUUUAAUAAUUGUGUGCAGCUCGAUAGAAAUAUAAACAUAAUAUAUAGUUAGCUGUAGGUUUUCAGUUAUACAGUUUGUUGUACAUAUUAUGAAAUUAUAUUUUUCGAAAUGUGUAUAUUAAAAGCACAUUAUAAAUUAUAUUUCUGUUAAAAAGGUUAGAAAAGUAGAACAUUUUACGAUAAAAAUAAUUACACCUGGGUAGGUAUGUUAGUGAGUCUUUAUUUGUCUCACAUAUCCAAAAACAAUGUAAACUUGUUUUUGGAUAUUCAAUAAUAUAACUUAUUGAAAUAUUUCGACUAGAAAACACCAAUUAACAAAAUAGUAGAGGAGAAGCGGUUUAUCUGUAUUUUUAAGAUUUACGAUAUAUCUUAAUAAUGAAGACAAAUACAAAACACAAUAUUUUGAUCUACUGGACAGUGUAAAUAAAAUAUUGAAAAUCAGCUUCCAUACAAACAUUGACGAACUUUUAUAAUUUAUUUCUGUAUUUUCUCAUCAAAACCAAUGAAAAAUUUAAAAAAAAAUAGUAGUUUUGUUUGUUAGGUAGACAAAGGUGGCAAAUGCAGGUAUAGAAUCUUAAUUUCAGAAUUUUAAUAAAACAAACUGAUAGCUUCUUCUUGAAAAAUUCACAAAUGUUUUACAUUUACACAUUAUUUAAACAUACAUGUUAUUCUUAUGUUAACAAAGAAAUUAUUAUCAUACUAUCAAAACAUACUAUUUAUUAACCGAUAAAAUAUAAUUCACGUUGUUUAGUAAAAAAAAUUAUUGAUUAGAAUUGUGUUUUAUUUAUUGUAGGUAGUAAUUGUUUAAAAAUCAACUAGGUACUACAUAUACUUUGAAGUUUAAUAUAAAUAUUUGUUGGCGGUUACAAUUUUUAAAAAUAAUGGAAUGUCAAUAUGUUUGAAAACUUUUGUAUGUACACAAAUUGUAUGGUUUGUUAUGAAUGGUUUAAAACAAGUACAAUCAAUGCCAUUAUUAAUUUCUUAAUCCUGUUUUAUAGUUUGAUAUUUUUGAAACAUAAAAAUUAUAUCUUUUUGUUCUUUUUUUACAUUUUAACAGUUAAAUAAAUUCAAUGUAACUAAAUGAAACGUUGGUUCUUCUUAUUACAGACCAUAUAUAAGUAUUAGAAACUCAUUAAUACCUAAUCCAUAGUUAUUAAUUAUUUAAAAAUGUGUUUACUUUAAUAACAUUAUUAUCUUGUGUAAAUAGUACAUUUUUCUGAUUUUUCAUGACCCUAGCAUAUAUACAUAACAUAUUUUUAACAAUAAUAAUAAAAAAAAUUAUCCACAACUUUAUUCACAUACAAUUUUUAUGUAAACCUACCUAUAUAUAAAAAAAACAUUAUCAAAUAAGUAGGUAAAUAACUAAUAAAUAGUUAACAUCGUGUUUUUGAAGUCUUAGCCAUAGCAAAGUACAAAAUAAUUUACCACAUAAAAAUAAUAUAAUAACACAAAAGUAUAAUGCAAUGUAUGGCAAAUAAUAUUUUCCAAUACGGUACUAAUCGUACGGAUGGCACAUUAUGAAAACACACACGGUUAUCUACCGAAAUUGAUAAUACUGCUGCUUUCAUAUCUGGCAUUAUAUCUUUAUUGAGAAAUUCUAGACCAGUAACAAACAUUGCAUGCGCGUGUUUUAUGGUAUAAAUUGUUUUCAAAUUAUUUGUCUCGUGGAUACUAACACUACCCGAAUACAUUGUGCCCACAGCAAGAUAUAAUCCGUCAUUACGCACCGCUAAAGCUGAAGUAGGCUCGGAAAACGGUAACUCAAAGAGAAUUUUAUUAGUUUCUGACCAUCUAUGUAAGAAUGAUUUUUGUUUAGGAUUAUUUGCAAUUGUAUACACAUUAUGCAUUGUUUUAUUGCGAGUAAUGCCAAAUUUACAUCUUUUAAACAUUAGUUUAUCAAUAAUCGGAUGUGUAAGAACUGACCGUACAUUCGUAUCAGUAUUCCAAUUGAAUGCUUUUCCAUCUUUGGCGACACUCACUAUAAAUUUACCAUCGGCACUAAUGUCUAUAUCAUCGAUUUCUUUUGUAUGACCUUUAUAUUCUUUCAAUGGAUCUGUGCCUUUUGAUUUAUCAAUCGGAAAGUUCCAUAAACGAAUACAUCCAUCGGUACCACCUGUAACCAUCAUAUUACCUUCAGCAUUAAUUUUGACGAUUCUUUGUAGUGGUUCGUCUUCAGUGAAAUCUGUUACUAAAGCUUCUCCAGUUGUUAUAUUAAAUUUAAUUUCUUUACUGUCUAUACCUUCGUGAAACGUUGGUUCUAUUAUAAUAUCAGCAAUAUAUUGUCGACAUUUAUCAUCUUCAUUUGCUGCAAUAUAGAUUUUAUUACCUUUUAGAUUCGUAGAACAGUUCAUAAUUACAUAGGGACCACUAUCGUGUCGAAUCACUUGUGUCAUCGUUAUAGUUUUACCCUUUCUGUUCAACUUAAACACUUCGAAUCCAUUAGCUAUACCAGUUUUGCUUGAACCACCACCGCCAGCCACCAGUAUAUACCAGUUCUUCAUGAAUGUUUGAAUCGAAUACAUUGGUAGAUUUGUUGUAGUUAUCACUUGAGAUUUGCUCGACAUUUUUUAAAUUAUCGUUAAUUAAUUAGUAACUUAAGUGUUUAAAAAAAAAAAAAGUAAAACGUAAAUAAUUUAAAUUAACCUUGUUCCAAGUCUUGUUUUAAAAUGCAUUGAUGUCAAUCGCAAAAAAUAGUACGUAAACACAAAUAAAAUAAUGUUGUUAAUGUUAUCAAUUUAUCAUUAUUAUCGUUUUAAAUUACGAAUCUGGUUUUGAACAUUAAUAAGUGAUAAGAAAUCAAUGCUUAUCAUGAAUUUAGAUAAUAAACUAGAUUGCCAACUAGUGAUAUGAUGUGUUUUUAUCCGCCAUUUUGUGUAGGCAAAUGCAUGUCGAAAUCCUACCAUAAUCUUAAUUCUUAUCUAAAAUAUCUGAAAUGUACAUUUUUAAAUGAUUAAAUAAAUGAAUUUAAAAUAUCAAAUAGAAUUUGGUACCUUCAUGAAAAAAUACAUUGUAACUGAAUUACAACCAAAAAACAAAAUUGAAAAAUAAUAAAAACAUUAUUUUCGUAAUUUCUCUGUUCUAUCUACGUUUUUUUUUCCGGGUAUUCUUUAAUUAUUAUGAAAACUACUCAGAAAAUCAAAAAAAAAUAUGUAAUUUCUCAUUUACCAAUUAGUUUAAUAAUGAAACAACAUUGAUCUCUUGUCAUAUUUCUGGUAGAAAACAAGUCGUGAAAAUUUAAAAUAUUACAUUCCAUUGUUUGUCUUCUUUUUCGUGUUUUUUCCAAAUUAUUUUGAAAACCCAUUGGAAAAUCAAAAAAAUGAAAUUUUCAACGUACCAAUUAGAGAAAUUUACUUUACAGAAAAUGUGCUAUACUUGCCACAUCGAAGCAAGAUUUAUUUUCGAAAAGUUGUAUACAGAUAGGAAUAAAAAUUGCAAAAACGCACAUCAUAGUAAAUACAACAGAUACCCUCUACGCUUUGAAUCUAAAAUAAAUUAUUGAUCACAUUACACUCUACUUGUCUAUUUUUUAUCACUAAGUACAACUUAUAAUGAACCUUCUGUUAAAUUUCCAACUUUUUUUGUUUGGUCAAACAGUUAUAUCUAUAGUACCAAAUAAAAACUACGUAAAAAAAACUUGAUAACUUAAAAUUACUAAAAUUCGCCAAAAUGUUUUGAAAAUAUUACCACGUCUAGAAGAGUCAAGUAUAAGUUUUCUUUCAAGUUUUUACAAUAAUUUGUAUUUUUAUAAAAUUAAUGUAUCAAUGAAUAAUUUAAAAUCAACUAGACUAGAUUAUGAUUAUUUUUCUCGUCUAUUAAAUAUUACUACCUACUUAAUUCAAAUUAAUUAAAAAAUAUUGAUUUUUAUGAAUAUUGUUAAAAUCUUCACUUUUAAUACCAAUAAAAAAAAAUUAUGACUACGGAUUUGCAAUAUUUGUAUAAUACCUUCUACCAUAAAAACAACUUACAAGGAACCUUGUAAUUUCCUACCAUUACAUACAAUGAAAAUAUUUUAAAACCAUUGAUUUAUAUUAUAAAAUAAUACAUUCUUUACUUCGGUUUCAGAAACUAAAAUGUCCAAAAUACAGUAUAAUAUUGUUGAUUUUAUUUUAGAAAUAAAUAUUUGAUUACAUUAUUUAAAUGUAAUAAUUAGGUUUAACAUACUAACUUAUUUGAAUAUUUCAGUGGAUAAAGUGUCAUUGUACGUUAUCAAUGGUGUUUAUGAACAACAUAAAGGAAAAAAUCUCAAUCUAAUUGAUAAAGCUAUGUUAGAAGAUAUUGUAUCCGACAUAUUUUUUGCCGUCCAAAAAGAGCAUUCAGAUUUAACUUUUGAUGGAGAAAUAGCUACUAAAGUAUUAGUUCAAUUGUUGGGACAAAUAUUUUCAAAGUAAGUAUUAUUACUUAAAUAACGUGUACAAUGUACAUAUAUUUAGAUCAUUGCCAUAGCCAAGAGGGGGGGGGGGGUUGGCUCACGUAUCCCCUCCUCAAAAAAAAUCUUUUUUUUUUUCGUAAUUCUGUUAUGGAGUUUACAUAAAUUUGUUUUAUUAAUAAAGUUUAUUGUUAGUCAUACUAUUAAAAGUAUUAUAAUAUACAUUUAAUAUUAUUAUGUAUAAUAUAUGAAUGUCAUCCAAUAUCCAAUAGAAAGUCUAACUCCACAAUCUUGUCUUUAUAGUUUUUAGUGCCAACUAUAAAAUUUGGUUUUAGGGACAUAUUUUCUUUCUACAAUUAGUGAUUUAUAUUCUCUCUUACAAGGUUACUAACUCUGUUUUAACUUUACAUUAUAAAACUAAGGGGGUAUUAAUAAUAAAUAAUAAAGGUGUAAGGAAGUCAUAAACUAAUUGAUGGUAAUUAUUCUAGCCUAACAAAAACUGGAUAAAAAAAUCAAGUCCCCUCCCAAACCGCUGAAAUUUUUUUCUGGCUAUGGUAUUGAUUUAUAUUGUGGUUUACAAAACUAUUUUUAACAAAGUAACAAAAACACAAUAAUUAAUAUAAUUUUAUUAAUGAGUUUUUAUUAGUCACGCUUAUGAAACAUAAAUUGUUUUUUAUUUUUUUAUAAACUAAAAGAGAUUAUCAAUAGUAUUUUAUAUUUUUAGUUUUUUUGACCAUAAAUAAGGUUAAAGAAUCAAUUCCUAAGUAAAUUCAGUAAUUUGUAUUAGAUUUCAUUAUCCUAUAAUUGGUUGGUUUUUUAUUAUUUAUGUGUGUUUUUUUUUUUUUAAUGCUCGCCUUAUAAAUUUAAUAUAAACAAUUUUGUUAUUAUUUAUGUGUGUUUUUUUUUUUUUUUUAAUUCUCUCUUUAUAAAUUUAAUAUAAACAAUUUUGUUAUUAUUUUUUACUUAUAUUUGUCGUAUUUAUUAAUCAAAGUUAUAUUAUAAUGUUAAUAAUGUUAUCAUUUUUCAGGUAUACAAAAAAACAAAUUAAUUUGAAAUCAGCGCUUACAGUUAUAGCUUGUUUAUCAAGUGACAGGCUUCGCAUAAGAUUAGGUUAUAUGUUUCAAUUGAAUUGUCUUAAUGAUGAUUUUGGUUUGACAAAAGAGUUUUUUCGGAACUUGCUAAGGGAUUUAAGUUUAUUAUUGGAAUUUUUAUCAGAAAAAAAUGUCUUUGAUGUGUCAUCUAUCAACAGCGUCAUUGAAAAUUGCUUUGAAAAUGUUAAUAAAUAAUUGAUUUUUAAAAGUCGAAAAAGAAAUACAUUUUACUAUAAUGGUAUAUUUAACUGUUCUGUUUUAUAUUUUAGUUGAACAAUCCAACAUCUAUAAAUGAAGGGCAAUUCAUGCAAUGGUUUAUGACUGAGCCUCCAGUAUUAGAAUGGUUACAAAUAUUGUAUAGAAUAAAAAUGGCUGAAAAUGGUAAAGUUAUUCCUUAAUUUAAUUUUAAUAUAUUAUUAAUUUUACUUUUUUUUUUAGUUAACCACGAAGUAAAUUGUAAAAUUUGCAAAUUACCUGUAAAAGGUUUACGUUAUUUUUGUUUAAAAUGUGUUAAUUAUAAUCAGUGUCAAAAUUGUUUUCUGAUUGGUGCCACAAAUAAAAAACACAAACUAAAACACGCAAUGCAAGAAUAUUGUUGGCUGGUGUGUAUAAUUAUUAUACUUUUCAUUUCUCUUUGGAAUAAAAAAAAAAUAGAAAAUAUGUAAACCUAUUCUUUUCUUUUUUAGGAAACACCACAACAAUUAUAUACACAGUAUUUGAAAUCCUAUUUAGGAAGGAUUUUUGGUUUGACAUCAAAAAUUCGAUAUCUUCCUGUAGAGAUGUCUAGUGAUAUUAUUGAAACAAAUCAAAAGUAAAUAAACUAAAAAUAUAACUAUGAUUUUUGUAAAAUCAUAAAAAAUAUCCCUCAUUAAUCUUAUUACAUAUUUAAAUAGAUGUUAGUUGAUAUUAAAUUAAUAUAGUACAAAUAAUUAAACAAACAUUAUUAUAAUAUAAACAAUCAAAUACAAAAUAAAUCUAUUAAAUGUUAAUUAUAUGAUGUUAAUUGAUAUAAUAUUGAUUUUGUUAUAAAUAGUAUAAUUUUAUAAAAUAUAAAAAUAUUAAGAUUUACAAACAAACAUAUUAAUAAAUAUAGAUUUUUUUAAAAAAAAAUAAAAUAUAAAAAAAAAAUCAUUCAAAUUAUUUUUACAUUAUCUUACUCACACAUUGAGGCUUGUUUUGUUUUGUUUUUUUUUUAUUUGUUUUUACUAUCUACUGUUUCUACCUACUAUUUGUAAUAAAAAUAUUUUAUUUAAUAUUAUUAAAACUUCAUUAAUAUCAAAGUUUAAAAAUGUAUUUCUAUUGAAAAAUAUUUUUUAAAGAAAAAGCACAUCAAUUGUUUGUUUCAUAUAUAAGUUAUUACUUAAGACUAUAAUAUAGUAGUAUACUACUGAUAUUUCAAUUAAAACUAUUUUAAAUUCAGUUUUGUAAUAGUUUAUAAUUAAUUUGUUGUUUUUAAAUAAGAUUAUGUUUUAAUCUGCCAAACAGUUAACCCCAUCAUAGAUUUUAAAGGAGGAACACGCACAAUAAUGUUAAAAAUCAAAUAUUUAUAAACCUAUCAGUUGUUUUUUCUUAACCUUAGAUAUUGUAUUAUAAUUUAUUAAUUUAAUCUUUGUAUUUUUAAUGUUGAUAAUAAUAUAGCAUUUAAUAUCAAUUAUUCAAAUUUCUCUGAUUUUCUAAUUUUAUUUUAAAAUUGAGUUAACAUUUUAUUGAAUAUACCUUUAGUAUGCUAGGUAAUUUUUUCCGUUAGAUUCUCAUACAUUUACAUUGUACAAUUAUUUUUGUUUGCAAACAACUUAAUUAAAUUAACUUAACUAAUUUUGCAUGUAAUAGUAAUAGAUGCAACAAUAAUAAUACAAAAAAAAUUAUAAAAACUGAUCAAAUAUAACGUAAUAUAAUAAUAUUGUGUGUUUUAGAUAAUAAAAUUAACUAGUUUUCUCUUAACAUAUAAAUAUUCUAAAUAAAAUUUAUUAUUGAACUAUUUAUUUAUACUGAUUUUUAAUUGAUUUUAGUGUUUUGUGGACUAAAGAAUCAAGUACCAUCUCAAAUGAUUCCAAUGCAGUUAGAUCACCUCGUCAAGAAUUACAAAGUGUUAUUUCACAGAUAGAAAGAGAAAAUAGGUGCGAGUAAUUAUUAAUAUAAUAAUAUUUUAUACAAUUAACUAAGUAAUAAUAAUUGAGAAGUAUGAUUUAAAAUAUACUAUUUUUAGAUUCUGAGUGGAAGGAGGUAUUGGUAAAACCUAUACAUUUGUAUUAGUUUUAUUUAUUUUUUUCUGUGAACAACUUUUCUAUCAGAAAUUUUGCUUUGAAUAGUCAUUCAAGUUUAGUAAAUCAUAUAGUUACGAAAAACUAUGUCAUUACAUUUUGUAUAGAUAAUUAUAUGUUCUUUAUUAAGAUUUGAUACAUUUUUUUGUGAGUGCUAUAAUUUUUUAAUUAAAUUCGAAAAAAAAAGGUCAAAUCAUCAUCUUUUGUCAUUUAUUAACCCUAAUUUUUCAAUUCAUAAAAACUGCAUUGGAUAGAUAAUGUUUAUAAUGUCACUCUUAUUCUAGUUAUUAUUUUCUGAUAUAUUCCUAUUUUUAAUGAUAUUAAAUAAAAUAUGAAAUGAUGAUACUUUUCAAGAUUUUUUUUUGAAUGGUUUUUAUUUCAGACUAUUAGAAAUUGAAGUAAAUACUUUAAAGCGAGGUGAUUCUCAGUUUGAAGCAUUUUUAGACCAACACCGAAGCAAAAUUGAACGACAGUUAGUACGUUUAAAACAUUUAAAGGUAUUGAUUGUUAAAAACACCUCAACAUUUUCUGGUUUAUUUAUUAUAAUACUGAUAAAAAAUGUUUUGUGUAUAUUUUCCAUGUAGAAUCAUUUAAGUGGUACUUUUGGACGUGGAAAAAUGAAACGUAUGCAGAGCACUCCAAUUAUUGUAUCAAGACCCGACCAUAAAGAUAAUAUUGCUGCAAUGAAUUUAAGUCCAAUAUUAUCUACUGAAACAUCAAGUGUCAUGACAACACAUAGUGGUCUCAGUGCUCUUAGUACAUUAUAUGUUAAUAAAAUUGGUAAUUUCACUACCAAGACUGAAGUCAAUGAGUUUUCUCAUUGGUUAGCUCCGAAAAUAGCCUCCACAGCCACCAACAUGAAAAAUCCAUUAGAUGGAACAUAUAUUGAAAAAGCACCAGAACCAUCUGAGAUUAGAAUUGAUCCAUCGAACAAAGAAAAUGCCAUAAAUACUGAAAUUGAAACUUUAGUACCAUUGAACUCUGGACAACUUUCAGUAUUGUCUGAUAUUUUGAACAAACAGAAUGGACCGAUUCCUAGAUCUCCUGAUAAGAUUUCCAUUACGGUCAAUAAACAAUCGUCUGUAUGGCUUAACUCUAGUAGAGAAUAUGCUAAAGAGCCUGUCGCCGAAACAGAUAAUAAGGACAUGGAAGAAUUACACUCUGAACUAGAUAAAAUUUUAGACCAGUUACAAAAACUUGUGACUUAGAACAAAAAAAAAAUACAUUUUUUUUUCCUAUUUAUUUUAUUUAUACGCACUUUUAUUUUAUUUAUAUUUAUUUUAAGGAAGACACAUAUUUUUCUAAUAUAUUUUAAUACAUUUUUUAACAUUAUUAAUUUUAUUUAUUUGUGUGCAAAUUUUAUUGAAAAUCAUUCUGUCUAUGAAUGAUAGU